CAAGCCCCAGCCCAGCGCAACUUUUGACGAUGUCACACCAGUUUGGGACGCCAACGCCCGCCGCAGCCGUCGAAUCCGAACCCUCCCGUCACCAGGGCCACAUAUCUAUGCCCUCCCUGAGGCCAAUGCGCCCGUAGCAGCCUCGAGAAAGCCGAAGCCGACCAGACGUCGGUGCCGAGAAAAAUGAGGGCGGCAGCGCACUGCCUCCUGCGGCCAUCGGCGGCGGCGCAAAGAGCUGUAAGGGGCCUGCAGCGCCUGAGCCAGCACCAGCCGCCAGGCGCCGCCCGCCCGUGUCCGCGGCCGACGCCACGCUUCACGGCCCGGCGGCCCAUAUCCUCGAGCUCCAGGGCGCGGUCGGAGCAGAAGCAGCCGGCCGACGACCCGAACUGGACGUCGGUGAUAGACAACCCGCCCGAGCUCGUGCGAUCCGGGAGGAGGCAUGGCCCGGGCCUGAUCAUACUCGCCCUCAUCCCCAUAACAGCGCUCGUGCUGGGCACCUGGCAGGUGUACCGGCUCAAGUGGAAGACGGAUCUGAUCGCAAAGUGCGAGGACCGGCUCGUGCGGCCGCCGCUCCCGCUCCCGCCGCGCGUCGACCCGGCCGCCGUCGAGGACUUCGACUACCGCCGCGUCUACGCCACGGGCCGGUUCCGCCACGACCUCGAGAUGCUCAUCGGCCCGCGCGUCAAGGACGGCGAGCAGGGGUUCAUGGUCGUCACACCCUUCGAGACGGACCUGCCCGACGGCUGGUCCCAGCCGCCGCCGCCGCCGGUGCUGGUGAACCGCGGCUGGAUCAGCAAGAAGCUGGCCGACCAGCGGGCGCGCCGCCGCCGGGGCGGGCUCGUCGACGGCACCGUCCGCGUCGAGGGCCUACUGCGCAAGCCGUGGAAGAAGAACAUGUUCACGCCCGACAACAGGCCCGACAAGGGCGAGUUCUACUUCCCCGACGUCGAGCAGAUGGCCAGCCUGACCGGCAGCCAGCCUAUAUGGAUCGAGGCGACGAUGGAGCCUGGUCUUCUCGAGGUCCUAGAUAUGCAAAGCAGGGGCAUCCCGAUCGGCAGGGCCCCUGAGGUGAAUCUGAGGAACAACCAUGCCCAGUACAUUUUUACCUGGUAUGGCCUCGCUGCCGCCACGUCUGUAAUGUUCUGGAUGGUGGUCAAGAAGCCACCAUCAGACGUAGCCCGUCGCGUUCGCAUGAACAAGGGGUGGUGACCCCGAGCCCAGGGCGUUGGCGCGCUCUCACGGCAUGCGAUAUCAUCAUCUUGGGUUGGGUGCGGCGUGGGCGGAGCCCAGAUGCUAGCAAACUAGAGGGUGGCAGCUCCUGUUGCUACCCCUUCUUGACCACCUCCCCCAAUCAAGUCUCGUCGUCGUCGUCUGCUGCGGCCUGACGAGCCUCCCGGUGGCGCUUUUUGGGGGGUGCCCGAGGUGGCAUUCGUAGCUCCUGCAGGAGCUCCCUGGGCAGAUGCCGUUGGGCGAGCGAGAAGACGGUCGUCUGAGAGUCGAUCUGCCGUUGCCUGAGGAUGAGGCAGUGGGUCUAGUCAGCCUCUGGCUACUGAAAACAAUAAUGUACGAAUAAUCUGCACAAAGUCCCGGAAGCAGCCCCUUUAUACAGAUAUACCCAGAUAUUUCGUCGAUUCGGACGAAUGAGAACAAUGAAACGUACCUCUUCAUGAGCAUGGCCACGUCACUGGUCUCGAUCGUCUUCCUCCCGGCGUG